AUGAAUGCAGUGUUGAGUAGAAGUGCAGUCAUUGUGAAGGCAUUGCACCGACAGUACUGUCGGUACAGACACUACGGGACAGACACUCCAUUCGUGCGGACACUCGACGGACAGGCGUUCAUACGAGACGUGAGGGAUAGGGAGGCAAUAGGUGAUGACAUGGACUGUGAACUGAGUUUAUUGGACACCAAAUACUGUACACAACAAACACUCGACGCACUGUCCGUACGAUUGACUAACGCUAACAACUUUCCUCUGCUUCCCAACCCUCGCAUCAAAUCAGGU